AUGCCUUCCCAAGCAUUGGAUACCUUCAAGGAGAAAAUCCUGAAACCCGGGAAGGAAGGAGUGAAGAAUGCCGUGGGAGAUUCGCUGGGGAUUUUACAAAGAAAAAUCGACGGGACCAACGAGGAAGCGAAUGACAUCGAGCUGAAUGAGGAGGGGAGGCCGGUGCUGGCGUCCAGGCAGAGCCCCCCGCUCUGCGACUGCCAGUGCUGCGGCGUCCCCAAGCGCUACAUCAUCGCUAUCAUGAGCGGCCUGGGGUUCUGCAUUUCCUUCGGGAUUCGGUGCAACCUCGGAGUGGCCAUCGUGGAAAUGGUCAACAACAGCACCAUCUACGUGGAUGGAAAACCGGAAAUUCAGGUAGCACAGUUCAACUGGGAUCCAGAGACGGUGGGCUUUAUCCAUGGCUCUUUUUUCUGGGGUUAUAUUGUGACCCAAAUUCCAGGUGGUUUCAUUUCAAACAAGUUUGCUGCUAACAGGGUCUUUGGAGCCGCCAUCUUCCUAACAUCGACCUUGAACAUGUUCAUUCCUUCUGCAGCCAGAGUGCAUUACGGCUGCGUCAUGUGUGUCAGGAUUUUGCAAGGUCUGGUGGAGGGUGUGACCUACCCAGCCUGCCACGGGAUGUGGAGCAAGUGGGCGCCACCUUUGGAGAGAAGCCGACUGGCUACGACCUCUUUUUGUGGUUCUUAUGCUGGAGCAGUGAUCGCCAUGCCCCUGGCGGGGGUGUUGGUGCAGUACAUUGGCUGGGCCUCCGUCUUCUAUAUUUAUGGUAUGUUUGGCAUUAUUUGGUACAUGUUUUGGCUGUUACAGGCCUAUGAGUGCCCGGCAGCUCAUCCAACAAUAUCCCAGGAGGAGAGGACCUACAUAGAGACAAGUAUUGGAGAAGGAGCCAACGUGGUUAGCCUAAGCAAAUUUAAUACACCAUGGAAAAAAUUUUUCACAUCAUUGCCGGUUUAUGCAAUCAUUGUGGCAAAUUUUUGCAGAAGCUGGACCUUUUAUUUGCUGUUAAUAAGUCAGCCUGCUUAUUUUGAAGAGGUCUUUGGAUUUGCAAUAAGUAAGGUGGGGCUCUUGUCGGCACUCCCACACAUGGUUAUGACCAUCAUUGUGCCUGUUGGAGGACAACUGGCAGAUUAUUUAAGAAGCAGACAAAUUUUGAGCACAACUGCCGUCAGAAAAAUCAUGAACUGUGGAGGUUUUGGCAUGGAGGCAACCUUACUCCUGGUGGUUGGCUUUUCCCACACCAAAGGGGUGGCUAUCUCCUUUCUGGUGCUGGCUGUGGGGUUUAGUGGUUUUGCUAUUUCAGGUUUUAAUGUCAACCACCUGGAUAUUGCCCCCCGUUAUGCCAGCAUUCUCAUGGGCAUCUCCAACGGAGUGGGAACCCUCUCUGGAAUGGUCUGUCCUCUCAUAGUUGGUGCAAUGACCAAGCACAAGACCCGCGAGGAAUGGCAGAAUGUGUUCCUCAUCGCUGCCCUGGUACACUACAGUGGCGUGAUCUUCUAUGGGGUCUUUGCCUCUGGGGAGAAACAGGAGUGGGCUGAUCCUGAGAACCUCUCCGAGGAGAAGUGUGGAAUCAUCGAUCAGGAUGAAUUAGCCGAGGAAGAGACAGAACUCAACCACGAGAGUCUUGCAAGUCCCAGAAAGAAGAUGUCCUAUGGAGCCACCACCCAGAAUUGUGAAAUCCAGAGGCAGGAAUGGAGAGGGCAGGGGGCAGUGACCCUGGAUGAGGGAGAGCUGACAUCGUACCAGUAUGAAGAGGGAAGCUUCUCAGAUACAGCCUAA